AGACCUCCAGCCACGGGGGAGAGAUCCCGUCUGCGGGCCCCUAGGGCUGCCCCCGCCCGGGGGGCUCGGGGUGCCGUGGGAAACGCCGGGUUUGCUGCAGUGCCCCGUUUGGGGAGGGUUUUAAAUGCAAAACCCUGGUUGUGUGGGCAGAGCUGGUUCGUGCCGAGCCCAACGCCCCCCAUCCCGAGGGAUGCAGCCGGUGCUGGCGGGGGGGCAGGCGGGAGGCAUCGCCGUGGGUCACCCAGCUCUCGGGUUCGGACAGGAGUAAACCAGAGGGCUCGGGAGCUCCUCAGGGGGCAAGAAGAGGGGUUUGUCCCCCGUGCCCGGCUUGGGACAGGUUGGUGGUGACCCUGGCCCAGGUACGGGGAAGUGGCACGGGGUGGUUGGGUGCCAGGAGGUGGCAGGGUCAGGGUGGGGCAUCCCCGGCAUCCCCGCCUGCCUCGGCAAGCAGCUUUUCAGCGGUUGCAGCUGAAACUUAAACAAACCAUAAAGCCCGGGCGCUGGCACUGUGUGGCUGGGCCCUGCGGCAGCCGUGCGUGCACAGAGGUGCCAGAGGAGAGGGUAAGUGCUUCGUCUCCGCUUCAUCCCCCACAGCCCCUCUGGUCCCUCGUAGGCACCUCCUGCCUGGAUCCCCCCCCACGCCCUCGCCGCUCCCAGGGCUCCCCAUCCCUCCCCGGUGCUCUCCCGCAGCUCUUUCCUUCCGGGCAGGAGUGGGCAGGCACCCGCCGGAGCUGCCACGAUGGAGCUGGGGAACGUCUCGCAGCCCGUGUACGGCCCCGGCCCCAAGGCACCGGGGAGCAGCACCCCGGGCCUGGUGGGGAUGGUGCAUGGCUUCCUGCGGCUGGUGCAGCCCAACGCCCUGCCUAUAGAACUGAUUGCAGAUUUUGGGCAGCCCCAGGAUGAGGAAGCCAUCGGAAAGCAAGUCCAGGAGCUGCUGUUCUACGAACUGGGUUUCCUGGUCUGCAUGGCCAUUGGGCUUCUCUUCAUCAUCCUUGUGCCCCUGGUGGGAUGCUGCUUCUGCUGCUGCCGCUGCUGUGGGAACUGUGGGGGCCGCAUGUACCAGAAGCAGGGCCAGCGGAUGAGCUGGCGGCGCCGGGUGCUCUGGGCCUCCCUGCUGCUGGUCUCUGCUCUCCUCCUGGCUGGUGAUGUCUGCUCCUUCAUCAGCAACAGCCGCUUCUCCCAGGCUGUGCGCGACACCUUCCCCAAUGUCAACAACACCCUGGACAACGUCCACACCUAUCUGGCCUCCAUCCCCCAGCAAAUCAAUUUUAUCGUCGACAGCAGUGAUGUCCCACUGGGCCACGCCAACCGCAGCCUCCAGGACAUUGGGCCCAAACUGGGUGGCAUGAUCACCUCUGGCAUCAGGAGCAGCACGGACAGGGCUCUGGGAUCCCUCCAGAGCCUCUUGCAAGGGAUGGAGACGCUGGCAGCCGCCUUCAGCAGCAUCGCUGGCACUCGCUUGCACCUCGAGGAGCUGCAGAGCAACCACAGCCGGCGGCUGGCCAGCCUGCGGGAUGGCCUCAACCAGACCUUGCGGCGCUGCGGCCACCCCUGCAGCAACGUGUCCCUGAGCGGCCUUGCCUUCAGCACCAACUUCAGCAUGAUCCCCAGUGUGGAGCGGCAGCUGGAGGCACUGGGUGAUGUGUCCGGCUCCAACAUAACGGCGGAUUUAGAGAAGGUUAACAGCACGCUGGACAUGACCCCUGCCAAGGUGCAAGAGCAGUCCCGGGAUGUGGUGACAAAGACCCAGGACCAGCUGGGCCUCAUCAGACAGGAGAUCAGGAGCUUGCAGGAGCAAUUGCCACUCCUGGACGUGGAGGAGAGUGUUGGGGCCUUUGUGGGCAAUGCCACGUCAGUGCUGGAGGAGUACAGGGAGCCGAUCAUUGCCUUGGAUGGGCUCAGGUGGAGCGUGUGUAUUGUCCUGUGCUGCGUGGUACUGCUGGUGGUCCUCUGCAACACUGUUGGGCUGCUGCUGGGACCCCUGGGCUUGAAGGAAAGUGUGCUGCCUACGCAGCGCAGCAGCCUCUCCAACGUUGGUGGGAACUUCUUCAUGGCAGGAGUUGGCUUUAGUUUCAUCUUCUCUUGGCUGCUGAUGCUGCUGGUGGUGAUCACCUUCGUGCUGGGGGGGAACAUCUACAUGCUCAUCUGCGAGUCCUGGCGCAGCCAGCAGCUCUUUCAGCUCCUGGACACCCCUGGCCUGAUCCCUGGCUUCAACUUGUCAGAGCUGCUGGGCCAGGAAGGUGACACCGCAAACUUCUCAGAGAUGUACAGGCAGUGCCAGCGAGAUGCUGCCCUGUGGCAAACACUGCACCUCGACCAGAGUGUGUCCCUGGAUGAGCUUUUGAACAUCAGCCAGUACACAGGAGACAUCUCUGCAGCUUUUGAGAAGAUGAACAUCACCCUGAGCCCCAUCUCCCUGCUCAGCCAGAGCCAGAGAGACUUGCUGCUGAACACCAGCCAGGACGGGCAGCCCCCUGACUUCACCCCCACGCUGGAGCUGGAUCAAAACGUGACCCAGGGAAGCCUCCUGGAUCUGGCCGCAGAGCUGGAACAGCUGGCAGACAAAGUGGGCAUGGAUGUGAAAGAGGACCUGAAGGCUGAUGCUAGCAAGCUGAGGGAGCUGGACAAGGAGAUGCAGAUGAGCUUCUCUGGGCUGCUGCAAAGCCUGAAGGAGGACAUCCACUUGGUGCAGAGCAGGGCUGCCCAGCUUGAGGCACAGACAAAAGCUGCGCUGGACAAAGCUAGUGAAACCCAGCAGUUCCUGGAGAGGGAGACAGCAAACAUCAUCAAGAAUGAGACGUGGGCCUUCCUGGAGGAGCUGUUGGACUUCUUUGAGACUUACAUCUUGUGGGCUAAAAGCAGGCUGACAGGAGAUGUGGCACGUUGCAAGCCCAUAGCUGAAACCCUGGAUAAUGUGGAGACCAUCACCUGUGACUACAUCCUGGACUCUCUGAACGCCUUCUGGUUCAGCCUGGGCUGGUGCACCUUCUUCCUGCUGCCCAGCAUCAUCCUGGGUGUCAGACUUGCCAAGUUUUACCGCCGCAUGGACGUUGCUGAUGUCUACAGGAAUGAAGACUUGGAGAUGCCACCCAUGUUCAACUUCUAUAAAAUCCCCCGGCCAUCCACGAGGCAUUAGCAUCUCUUGCUCACAGCAUAAGCAUGGAGGAGAUGGACACAGCUGCUCUGUCUGCUGCGUCUUCUCCCUGGAUGAUAGGGAGGAGGUUGGGACCUUCCAGCUGAAACCCUCUCCCCAGUUCCCAUUAUGUGAUGACCUGGUAUGUGUGGGAGGGGGGUGGGGAAAGCUGCCCCUUGCACUGCCCCAGGUGUGACUUCAGACCCCCGGACCAGACCCCAUGGGCUCAGGGCAGCUUGUACGGUCCACGCCACUGCAGCCUAUGCUGCUGGCCAGCGGGAACCUGCUCACCCAGGCCUCCCACUUGAAAAAUGUGACUAUUUAUUUUUGCAGAGCGCCCGACUCUUUCCAGGGCUUUUUGGUGUCAAACAAUAAAUGGGGUGUUUGCAUGCACUGCAGACACGUGGCUGCACUCUUCA